GGAGUUUAGUCCGCUACUCUCGUGGGCUGGUGUGGGGAGUUUAACCCCGCGUGGGACAGUAACAGGGUCUCUCCCCACCUAAAACUCUUCCCGUGGGAGUUUUAGUCUUGUUCUCGGAGAAGGGGAAUGCCAAAUUCUGCUCCUGCCUUCCCCCGGGGGCUGGAGACUGGGAUCUUUAUCCCAAUUCAGUGCGGGGCGACGUGGGCUCCAGAAUCUCCGCGCGGGAGGCCGGAGGACAGAGGAGCUGGGGACCCGAGCUCCUGGGUCUCAGCCCCCGGGCAUCCGGCGCUCCGCUAGUCAGCGGCCCUUGGCUCCUGUCCUCACUUCCUUCCCCUUUUGGCUCCUGCUCGCGGGGGAGCGGAAAGGGCGGGAGGGCCCAGAAGCCCGGCGUGGGGGAUCGGGGGGUGCGGAAAAGUCGGGGAGGGGACUCCGUCCGGGUCCGGAGACCGGCAGGAACAGAGGCCCGGGACCCACGCUGCCCCCACCCCGCCCGAGCAGGCCCCUGUGUCUGUCUGGGAUGAGGAGGAGGAUGGUGCUACCUUUACUGUCACAAGCCGCCAAUAUCGGCCUCUUGAUCCCUUGGCCCCCACACCUCCCCCGCGUUCCUCCCGACGGCUCCGAGCUGGCACUCUGGAGGCCCUGGUCCGACACCUACUGGAUACCCGGACAUCAGGGGCUGACGUGACCUUCAUGUCAGCCUUUCUGGCCACCCACCAGGCCUUCAUCUCCACGCCUGCCCUCCUAGGGCUUAUGGUUGACAGGCUAGAAGCCCUUGAAUCUCAUCCUACUGAUGAACUAGAGAGGACAACAGGGGUAGCCAUCUCUGUACUGUCAACCUGGCUGGCCUCUCACCCUGAGGAUUUUGGCUCUGAGGUCAAGGGUCAGCUUGACCGGCUUGAGAGCUGCUUACUUCGGACAGGGUAUGCAGCAGGGGAGGGUGUUGGGGGGGGCAGCGCUGACCUCAUCCGCAACCUCCGGUCCCGGGUGGACCCCCAGGCCCCCGACCUUCCUAAGCCCCUGGCCCUCCCCGGCGACCCCCCUGCUGACCCCACGGAUGUCCUGGUGUUCCUCGCUGACCACUUGGCCGAACAGCUGACCCUGCUAGAUGCGGAGCUGUUUCUCAAUCUGAUCCCUUCACAGUGCCUGGGGGGCCUGUGGGGUCACAGAGACCGACCAGGACAUUCCCACCUAUGCCCAUCUGUCCGAGCUACUGUCACACAGUUCAACAAAGUGGCAGGGGCAGUGGUUAGCUCUGUUUUGGGGGCCACUUCAACCGGAGAGGGGCCUGGGGAGGUGACCAUACGGCCACUCCGUCCCCCACAGAGGGCCCGGCUCUUGGAGAAGUGGAUCCGCGUGGCAGAGGAGUGCCGGCUGCUUCGAAACUUCUCUUCAGUUUAUGCUGUUGUGUCAGCCCUGCAGUCCAGCCCCAUUCACCGGCUUCGGGCAGCUUGGGGGGAAGCAACCAGGGACAGCCUCAGAGUCUUUUCCAGUCUCUGCCAGAUUUUUUCUGAGAAGGAUAAUUAUUCCCAGAGCCGAGAGCUACUCCUGCAGGAGGUGAAGCUGCAACCCCUUCUGGAACCACACUCCAAGAAGGCCCCGAGGUCUGGCUCCCGGGGAGGGGGCGUGGUCCCAUACCUUGGCACCUUCCUGAAGGACCUCGUGAUGCUGGAUGCAGCCUCCAAGGAUGAGCUGGAGAAUGGCUACAUCAAUUUUGACAAGCGGAGGAAGGAGUUUGCUGUCCUUUCUGAGUUGCGACGGCUCCAGAACGAGUGUCGUGGCUAUGACCUCCGACCUGACCAUGAUAUCCAACGGUGGCUGCAGGGGCUCCGGCCACUGACAGAGGCCCAGAGCCACCGUGUGUCCUGUGAGGUGGAGCCACCUGGUACCAGUGACCCCUCUGCCCCACGGGUGCUUCGGCCAACACUGGUCAUCUCGCAGUGGACAGAGGUUCUGGGCUCUGUUGGGGGUCCCACUCCCCUUGUGUCCUGGGACCGGCCCAGUAUGGGGGGAGAUGAAGCAACUGGAACCCCUGCUCCUCUGCUGACCCGGCUGGCCCAGCACAUGAAGUGGCCAUCUGUCUCAUCACUAGACUCUGCCCUGGAAAGCAGUCCAUCCCUGCACAGUCCAGCUGACCCUAGCCACCUCUCUCCCCCAGCCUCCUCCCCCAGGCCUUCUCGAGGUCACCGCCGCUCAGCCUCCUGUGGCUCUCCGCUGAGUGGGAGUGCAGGAGAAGGGGCCUCCAGGGGGACUGGACAUGGGGGAGGGGGAUCUGGGCCAGGGUCCUCUGAUUGUCGAAUCAUCCGAGUCCAGAUGGAGCUGGGGGAAGAUGGCAGUGUCUAUAAGAGCAUCUUGGUGACAAGCCAGGACAAGGCUCCAAGUGUUAUCAGUCGUGUCCUUAAGAAAAACAAUCGUGACUCUGCGGUGGCUUCAGAGUAUGAGCUGGUCCAGCUGCUACCAGGGGAGCGAGAGCUGACUAUCCCACCCUCGGCUAACGUUUUCUACGCUAUGGAUGGAACCUCACAUGAUUUCCUCCUGCGCCAGCGACGAAGGUCCUCUACUGCUAUACUAGGCCACACCAGCGGCCCCUCUGCCUCAGGAACUCCUCCGAGUGAGGGAGGAGGGGGCUCCUUUCCCAGGAUCAAGGCCACAGGGAGGAAGAUUGCACGGGCACUGUUCUAAGGAGGAAGCCCUGUUGGCUUAUAAGUCAUGGUGUCUGUAUCAGAUGUGGGUAGCCAUCCUGAAUGGUGGCAGUUAUGUCACAUUGGGACAGAAGUUCAGAAAGGUAGCCAGCUACCCUGGGGCAGUGAAGUGCCUGUCACUGGUUUACCAGCAAGCUGAGAAAUCCAGCCCUGUGGGAACCGGUAAUCUUGUAGCCAAGCUGGAUACCUGUGUACAGCUCCUGACCUCCCAUGAACAUGGCACAGCUAGUGCUGGAAAAGGAAUCAGUUUCAUUUCUGGUCACAUGCAAAUGGCAAAGGAAAGGCCUAAAGGCUCUGAGCCCCAGGUCAAACAAGGAUGGCAAGUAGGUUCAAGUAGGAGUUCCUUUUCUCACUCUGGGGUUCUUAUCACUGUGACAACACUAAGAUAAUAAACCAAACACUACCUGACAUCUACUCA